AUGAUUUUCAAGAGAGUUGGACUUGGGCUCUUCAUACUCGUGGCUGCUGUCGUGAUCCUAGGCACUUUUGCUCAGACUUAUAAGGACUUCUUGAAGCAGCACUAUGACCAUCCCAAAAGCAGUGUUGGAAACCCUUACUGUAAUACAAUGAUGAAGAAGCGUGGAAUGACCAAGCCCAAAUGUAAGGAGGUGAACACAUUCAUCCAUACCAAGAAGAACAAUAUCAUUGCCGUUUGCACAGAUGAAGGUGGAAUAGCUAUUGAUGACAGAUUGCAACGCAGCAAGCAAAAGUACUUGGUCACCAACUGCAGAAUAAAAGGAUCCCUCACCAAACCUUGUGAAUACAGCGAAGAUACUUCGCCCAGACACCUUGUCACUGCUUGUGAGGAUAAGUUGCCUGUGCACCAGUGGUGGACCAUUUAUAUAAUGGGCUCCUUGAGUCAGAAGGACAGAAGAAGGCAGAAGGUUGAGAACCCAUCUCUUCUUCGAGAUCCCAUUCAGGUGAUUCUAAGACCAGAGAAGGCUAAGAUGAAGCAAUGA